AUCCGCUUGCAACAAGGAAGCGUCUCAGUAGCAAAAAGAAUGAUAUCGUCUUGAUAGCAAUCUGUACGUCAAGUGGAAGUGUCAGUGCUCGUAGGGGUGUCUUACCAAAAGCUGAAGUGGCGCAAGCGAAAAACCCAGCGUGAUUCGAAAAGAGGCGGGUAAACGUCGCAAGGUAGCCUUGUUCUUCUGCCUGCCAUUUCUCCAACAUGGGCCCUCCAACACCCUUAUACGAUAGCUUCACCCCCAAUGGGUCGCAGCAAUUCAACUCGAACGCUCAACGUAGAGUUAGCGAAACCGGGAAUCAGACUGGCGAAAUCGAACAAACAGUUACUCAGCUGCUAAGAACCACCAAGAAUCUUCUGGAGACUUUGACCAUGUGGUCGCAAGGUAGAGCUGGAGCCCAUCAUAUCCAUGAAAUAUACGGUUCACUUCGAGGACAGUUUCAAAACGCCAGUGACGCCUUCGAAGCCGAAGGAAUAAACAUGAGCGAUCUUCGAAAUGUUCCCAUCGACCUGUAUGACUGUGUCAACCGUGCCUUGCGGGAGGAACCGUCUACCUCGGUGUUGGAGCAGCAUUUGCCAAGCAUCCGAGAUAUCAUUGUACAUCUUCUUCAUGGGUUGAGAAGCAAACAAGCUCUGUUUCGUGAAAGAGGCCCUCUCUCGCGUCAAUCAAGUGGCUCUAGACGUGGCGGCCCGGCGUCACCUAGGAGAACCGAAGGCGACGGACCUAUGUCGACGCAAUCUUACCGACCCUCCGAAGCCAACGAACCUCCCGCACCAACAACACCUGGAUUUUCUCAGGAAAUACAACAACAUUCGCAAACCCAUUUCCUCCCUCCUUCACCGCCACCCCCACCACCGCUCCCUCCGCGACAGUCAUCAGUCCCGCGAUUGGAUCAGUGGCAACCACCACUAGCUGUGCCUAUGGGACCAGCUCCAGGUUCUGGCUUAGGACUUAUCAAUAUGCCAGUGCCAAACCCAACCCCUAGUUUGGCUGUUCCAGGGCAGGACAAUGGUUCUUUUGAAUACGAAAAUGGGUCGAGUGAAGCUGGCGUAAUACGAAAACAGCUUGAUAGUAAAUCCAGUCUUCGGUCCCGAUCUAUCGUCAGAAGAAGAAAAAGUCAGUUUCCACCACCAAAAGAUUCCCCAACGUUUGCAAAGGAACAGAUGAAUGCUAUAUCGGAAGAGCCAGAUGUUUCUGUAGCGCCAGAGGUAUCAUCGCCCAUGGAGAGCUCAACACAAGAAAGUCGAAUGGAGGCACCACCCAGUGCUGAUCCAGAAGUGGUGGAGCAAACCAAUGAAAAUGUUAACGCCGUGGAGGAAGUUCCUAGUGAACCAAAAUCCGCGAUCUUGCUUUUUUUGCAAGUCGGGAAGGAAGUAAAGAAAGUGACGUACGACGGAGAACUGACUAUUCCAGCCCUACAGUUGCUAUUCAUGGAUAAAUUUAAUUAUACGUCUGGACAACUAAACUUUCCACACAUCUAUAUCCGUGACUCUGCAGCUAACGUAUCCUAUCAACUGGAGGAUGUUUCUGAAGUUCAGAACAAGUCGCUGUUAACGCUGAACUUGGAUGCUGCUGAAGACAGCCGCAUUGUAGAUCUUCAGUCACAGAUUGUGAACGGGUUCGAGGCUGUCAAUACCGAUAUGGCCCAGUUCCGUAGCGUCAUUGUUGAUACGCUGGAAGGCUUCCGUCAACAAAUGACGGAGGCGCAAAUAGCCAUGGAAUCACGAGAAAUCAUGUCACGUCAACAACCAUCCAGCGACCCUAGCAAGCCGGCAACAUCACCAAGCCAUGUCAUUGAUAUCAAACUCAUCAAUGAAAUCAAGACGGAACAACAAAACCUUCAUCAGCUCAAGAGAGAUUUAGCAGUUGUAAGACAGAUGCAUGGUGAAUUCCAAACCGAGUCUCGCGAUAUGCUGGAGAAAUUGAAGAGCGCUGUCAAGGAGCGAGAAGCCAUUCAACCUAUUGUCGUCACCGAUGGACCAAGCCGACGAUCGCAGGAUCAAGUCAAGGAACAGUUGCAUGUGUCCUCUUCUGCUAUUACUAGUCGUUUGGAAGAGCUUCAAGACGUUGUGGACGAAAUUAAGCUCGAUGUUACCCAGCGCAGAUGCCGGCCAUCCAAAGCGCAACUUACCCAUUGUUCAGAAGAAGCGGACGCUCUUGAUAAGGAAAUUAAGGAACUUUCCAAGCUCAUUACAUCGGCGAAACCGGUAUGGAAGAAGACUUGGGAAGAGGAGCUGCAAACCAUAUUGAAGGAACAGCAAUUUAUCAAAGACCAAGAGUCCCUUGUUGUUGAUUUGGAGGAAGACCAUGCGACAUUAAUGGAAGUGUUCAGACAACUUCAAAAGAUCAAUGACAUUCAAGCAUCUGCUGGUCCCACCAAGCGAGAAUUCAAUGUAGCGCCUGUUCCGGAAGGAUUCGAAGGAAUGAGUAGUGUCAUGAAGGAAGUCAGCCUGAUCGAUGUGGAUUCAAGUCGUCGUCUGCGGGCACUGAAUCAAGCGGAAAAGAUGAGACAGCGAGAACUGGACAAUCGCAUUGAUGAAUUCGAACAUGAGUUGACAUCGUUUGUGGAUUCCAAAAAGUUGAAAAAGACCGGUGGUGCCGAGGAAGCAGAAAGAGAACGUCAACGAAAGGAUCAAUUAAUGCUCAAGCGACUUUACAGUAAUAGCAGUAACAGCGGCGGCGACACUGAGCGCCUGGAUGAACUGUAAAAAUGCUGCUCACGACAGCCCCCAUUUUUUCGAAAAAAGAACUCUCUAUUAUGUAGUGCGCUCUAGGCAAAUUAUACAGUAUAAUACAAAAAGCCACCUCU